GGUGACGUCACAAGCACAGAAGAAGCCUCGUCUCUAGGAGACAGCGAAGCGUUCCUGCGGAGCAUGUGUGCCGUUCAGAGUGUGGGGAUGCUGCCAGUGGAGCAUCUUCACCUGGAACAUGUUCUGCAGACUGUGUGUGUGUUGGAGUCAGUCGUCUGCCGCAGUUUUGGCCCAGAAGGAGGACAGGUGUUGUUCACACAAGACACCGGGCAGGCGAUGUUGAGCCGCAGCGGGGCUCGCAUUCUCACUGCACUGCGACUGGAGCAUCCGCUGGCCAGGAUGGUGGUAGAGUGUGUCUUAAAACACAGCACCGAAACGGGGGAUGGGUCCAAGACAUUUAUAAUACUGAUGGCUUCAUUGCUACGGAUAAUUCAUACAACGGCCUGCAGGGAGCCUCAUGUGUCUCGCACCCAUACCUCCAAGGCAGCAGCAGAGACGGCCUCUGCCAGGCACUUGGCUGACAAAAUGCUGGCGUUUGCAUCGGAGGAACUGGACGAUCUCAUCGCCGCAGCAGUGGUCCCGUACGGAUGCUGUCUCUCUUGGGAGGAGCUUUCCGCAAAAUCACAAGCACACUCAAACAAUCCCUGUGUUCAAAAUCUGCUGGCAUCCUUUUUUCAAUCUCGCGUGGGUCCCACACACUGUGACUUAAUGAGCAACCUCACCUGUGAACUGCUCACUAACUGGAAGUUUAAAAAUGACUCACCUUCCUCAUCACUUCACUUUAUAAGAGACAACUUGGCUGCCUUGCAUACACCUGUGUCAGGCUUCCCUAUUAGUUUUUCACGUUUGGUUGAGGGGCAAGUCAUUCACAGGGACUUUGCUGCGCCCUGCCCGAGGGCCGACCUGCAGCCGGUUAAAGCUGUCGUUCUCACUGGGUACCUGCAGCCAAAACUGCUCCGUGCAGGAGAAGUGCUGGAGCUGGGGCGUGGAGAGCAAAGCGAGGAGAGAAAUAUCAUGGAUUUUAGCGCCUGGGGCGAACGGUCACUGGAGUGUGUCCUUGCGAACCUGCAAAGUUUGGGUGUCUCCGUGCUCCUGUCUGCAGUCAAACAGUCCGCUGCUGUCCUGGCUUUGGCCACGCAGGCAGAGAUGUCCAUUGUGGAGUGUGUCAGUGAAGAUGAACUGUCUCUCUUUCAAAGGCUAAGUGGCGCCACACCUGUCAGAGACUGUCGGGUGAUUGAACCAGAGCACGUUGCUACGCUGACCUUUUGCAGACCAAUACUGCUGGGAGCCCACAGGUAUGUCCACGUGGCUUUCCAUGAUACUGAGGAAAAGAUCACAGUCAAACCUUGUAGUCUGGUUCUUUGUGGUUUGGGGGAGGGGCAAACUGACCAGUUUGCUUGUGCUCUAAAAGAUGCUAUGCGCAUGCUACUGUCAACGUGGGACCCCAUCGGCAUCACUGCAGCUCCCUUCAAGCAGUGUGUGCUGGAGCCGGGCUGUGUUCUACCUGCGGGUGGGACAUUUGAGUUGCUCUUAAACAACGCCCUCCUACAACAUGGCAGCAGCUGCUCAAUAUCUGAUCACACAAACAAGGGCGUCCCUGCUGUUUCCCAGCUCUUGGCAAAGGCCCUGUUGAGCGUGCCAAGGCAGAUUUACUACCACAGUCCACGGCGUCUCCUGCAGACUCAAACCAGACUGCUGAGUUUGACCAAAAAUCAUUUGAGCAUCGCACACAACAAAAUCCUCACACAGAGUCAUCGAGAGGACGGGACGCUGACCGAGCCUUGUCGUGGGGAGGUUUUAAUGUCAGGCUCGGGCCUCGAGUCCGUCUCCUGUAAAUCGCAGGUACUUUUGGCGGCGCUGCAGUGUGUCUCAAGCCUCCUCCGCGUGGACGCCGUGCUGCGCACACACACUGCCUUACACACUCAGUCACACAGGCGUACAAACAUUUCCUGGGCGGGCACAGAGGACGAGGCUGAAGACUGAGAUUGUAUUGUGUCCCAAGAUGAAACACAUGAACACAUUUUGUCUAAUAGUUACUUGGGUAUCAUUUAAAAGUAGAAGAAUGAUCUGAUUUGUUAGCGUAUUACUACAGAUGUUUUUUGUGUGUCCACAGUGUUUUUGGCCUACUGCGAUAUAUUUUUCAUGUAAGUUUAUACAUCCACUCUAAUGUCCAAAUAAAUGUUAUGAUGCUUCUUUACCAACA